CACAGUUCCCACAUCAAACCACAAUCAUCACGCCUCUUUCAAAACCCUUCCUCUUUCUCUUUCUCUCAUUCUUCAUUCUGCUAUCUGUACCCUCACAAAAUCCUCAAUUCCAAAUCAACCUUUUCUCUCUCUUUCUCUCUCACAUACACAGUGGAGAGAGAAGUGAACAACUUGGAAAAUGUCGAUAAACCACUACUCCAUGGACCUUCCCGAAACAACACUGUGGUGGCCCCAACAACAGCAUCAUCAGCAGCAAUCCAUCUUAAUGGAAGCAACCCCGAAUCCCUCCUCCACUUCCUGGCCCUCCGCAGACCCCCCGGGUCUCAACCUCAACCACCAAAACGACGACGUCGAAGAAGACGAAGAAGAAGAGGACCAAACAACAACCACUACACAGCAAGAGGAAACGGAAGACGAGAAGGAACCCAUGUUCGAGAAGCCUCUAACUCCCAGCGACGUGGGGAAGCUCAACCGCCUCGUAAUCCCCAAGCAGCACGCCGAGAAGUACUUCCCUCUCAGCGGUGGCGGUGGCGGCGACUCGGGCGAGUGCAAGGGGCUCCUAUUGAGUUUCGAGGACGAGUCGGGUAAGUGCUGGCGGUUUCGCUACUCCUACUGGAACAGCAGCCAGAGCUACGUGCUCACCAAAGGGUGGAGCCGCUACGUCAAGGACAAGCGCCUCGACGCCGGCGACGUUGUCUUGUUCGAGCGCCACCGCGCCGAUGCCCACCGCCUAUUCAUCGGAUGGAGACGCCGGCGACACGGCGACACAUCGCCGGUGCACGUUAGCGGCAGGGCGGUGGGGCACGGGAAGAGUGGCGACGGGAGUAGUAAGAAUGAGGGUGGCGGCACCACUGGUGUUGGUUUGGGAUGGACCAGAGGAUUCUAUUCUGCGCAUCCUUAUCCUACGCAUCAGCAGCAGCUGCAUAAUCAUCAACCCUUGCCAUACCAAUAUGACUGUCUUCAUGCAGGAAGAGGGUCCCAAGGUCAGAGAGAAAGGAGCAUAGCAGAGGGGAACAGUCCCAGUUCAAGUUCGAGUUCAAGGGUACUUAGGCUUUUUGGGGUGAACAUGGAAUGCCAAACCGAACAUGAUUCUGGACCCUCCACACCCCAAUCUUCCUACAAUACUACCAACAUGCCCUCCACACAGGGCACACAAAACCAUCACCAUUUCUACCAUCGUCACCAACCAUACUACUACUAUUAGACUUUCUUUUCUUUUUCUUUUUCCCUUUUCCCUCAAGUGUAAGAUAUGUAUCCACUUGAUUAUUUUAUA